AUGCAAAUUACCCUCGUUUCCUCAAUCCUUUUCUUCACCGGAAUGGCUGCGGUCACCGCGUCGCCCAUAAAUCUGCGCCCCUUGAACCCUCAACCAUCCUUUGGCGUCCUGGCUGUCGACAACCAGGCCCGUGACGGCGACGUUCACGUCCUAAUGGCAAGAUACAGACAGCAUUCGCUCCAUCCUAUCUAUUUGCGCAGGCUCGCCGCUGGAUUUUCAUCGGAGCUGGAGGGGAGAGAAUGGGACAACUUAGUCGAUGAGCUGGAAGCUAGGGAGGACGGGUUUGAGAUCGAGAGCAGGGAGCCGUUCACCCGUCACCUGCAUGUUGGAGUCGAGGUCAAGGAUUAUCACCUUUCGUGA